AUCGGAAUGGCACUUUACUCCGUCGAGAUGCAGUGACGGGCAGCUGUGUAGCUAUCUUUAAGAAAAAGUGUGAAUGUUUUGUUACUAUUAGAGGACCGUGAGUAUGGCUUAUUGUUUAAUAAGAGAAGGGGGGAUUCGGCGAAAUGUUUUCUGUAUUCAGACAAGCCGUUGGUGAUUCAACGGAAGACUGAGUAUUUGGUAUUUCGCGAGGCCGUGAGGCUAUGUCGUUUAUUUUGGCCAAUCGGUUUUUGUUGGUGUGCACGUAGCAAGAAGCAAAAUUGUUUUUGCGAUGACCUUGGCUAGCGACAAUCAAUCCUCUCAUCUAUUUGCACGCGUGACGUAACGCCAAACGCCAAUAAUACCGGGGAUAUAUGCACUUGAGAGUCAACGCAAACGCAUAUUUUGGCGCAUAGGGAAAAACAACAAAAACCUUGAAUUGGAACACUCAAGGUGAUGGCUGGAGCUGUACAAUCCGCAUAUCGCGCUCGGGAGGAAAAAUUUAAAGUUUUUCGCGGAAGUCUGUGCGGCCACCCCAAGAGACCACCAAAAAAACAAAGCAAAACACUUUUCUUUCCUUUAUUGUUUUGGUGUUCAUGAUUGAGUCUGAAACCUUUGAUCCGGUAUUUAUCGACCAGACAGUACCGGUUAUUAUCUGAUUAGUUUUUAUUUAUUUUUCUCUGGAAAUCGAGACGUUUCCGCUUAUUUUUCCAACCCCCCAGGGCAGCCCCAGGGACACAUUUCUUCUUCAAGGACAUCUGCUAUGUUCUACGACCGUUAGAUGGCGUUAAGGUCGCGACUGGCUAAAUCUGAAACCGACACAUUUUUAUCUAUGUGCUUUUACUGCCGUCUGGUGCAAAAGCAGACUGUGGGAGACUGGGUAAAGGUACAGACAUUCGUGAGGGCAGGAGCACUUGGCUGUUUGCCUCUGUGAGAACUGUACGUAAAGCUAGUGAGAGAGAGACGAAAAAAAAAAAAAGAGGUGGAGUUGUGUGUGUCCAUGGUCGAAAUUUUCCGUCGUCACACGUAAAAACACAAUCUGAUAAAUGGACCAACUGGAAACAUUGCAAGUUACAGUUUCGAUGCCGUAAUCCACGAAGUAAGUGGUAUGAGUGAGCUUCCGUUCGUUAGUGAAACAUUUUGUUUGUGUUUUGACGUUUUCGUGGAAUUCUGCCCACUUCCUUCCCUCGCUAUAGUAAAAAAGACUAUGCAGAACGACUUCGAAUUUACAACCCACUAUAACAAUCAUUGUGUGCUCCUUUUCUUGAUUUAGUGCUUAGUGAGAAAGCAGCCUGUGCAUAGUGCCAUCAAUAUGCCGAGAACUAAAGCUAUCAUGCCUAAUAGGAUAGCCACAAAAGCAAGAGAAGAGUCUGAAAAAGGACUUGGGGAAAUAUUGGGCCCCUCUACUCACACUCGUCAGAUGAACAACACCAUAAGAAAUGUCUUCCAGACUCAAUGCCAGUAUGAUGAACCAAGCCAUAAGCUGGUAUUGGGAGGCAGAAGCCCCAGUCAGAGCCCUUCACGCAGCAGCAGCAGCUUCCUCCACAACAGAAAUUCUGCUUCCAGGCCCCCGAUCAAGACCAACAGCAGAGAACACCUGGCUUCCGUUUCACCCAGGUCCGCCAACAACACACAAUCCAACAAUACUCCAUUAAGUAGGAUGGAGCAGUCUUGGCCCCCACCUUCUACUAUUCCUGGAAAGCCUGGGCCUUCAAAAAGUGUGGAAGCCCUCAACCGUCAAGUCAAAGUUGUGCAUACCACCAAGGUUUCCAAAAUCCCAUCACACACUGUUUCAACCAGACCCAGAGUUGGUAUUCUCAACAAAGUGAAGAGGCAGAGCAGUAUGUCAGAGUCAAGCCCAGCAUCUUCCAAUAAAGCAGAGGAGAUCGCACCAGCCAGCAGUAAAUUGGCCACAGAUCUGAUAAACCUCUCCAUCUCAAAGACGCUUUGCCAUCAAGAAUCAACUGACCAAGACUCUGAGCCAGUCACCAGUCAAAUCAAGUCAACUGAGUUGGAGCCUGUCACUCUGCAAACGCAGCCCGAAAUUAAAGAGGAAAACGAGAAGAAGAACAGCCUCGAAACGAUUACCAAAACGGAUCCGCCACCAAUUGGAGGUGGUCAUCGGGAAAACGGUCACGAGAAAGAGGAGGAGAGUGAUGAGACUCACGCAACUGAAGACAACGAAGAACAGGCAGUGGCCACGUCACCAGACGAACGUUUCCUCAAAUUCGAGGAGGAAAUUGGUCGUGGCAGUUUCAAGACCGUCUAUCGAGGGCUUGACACGCAAACGGGAGUUUCGGUCGCCUGGUGCGAACUGCAGGUAAAACUUAGCCGACUAUCGAUUGUAGGUUUAUUGUCCAAUAGUAAGGGGGGAAAAAAAAGAGAGAUAGAAAGAAACACGAAACCGGGUAAUGUGAAACUUUUGCCAUUGCAACGUCGUUCGGAAAAGUUGUCGACCUUUGUCACGGAUCAGAAUAGACGAUCCAUCACAGUUUUCCUGGGUUGUCUCACUUCCGGCUACUCCUCCUCGUAUUAAAUAAAAAAUUCAAACGACUGACUCGUCGUCUCGUUAUGACGUGGUCGAAAGGGUUGGUUCAUGUUUUUAAGUGUCUACCACCAGCGUCUAGCGGCCU